AUGUCGAACCCGUCGACCAACCCCCAAUACUCUUCCUCUGCAGGCGAUGCGCCUCAUAUUGGAACCCACAUCCCUUCAAGUGGCAUCGGGUCUGAGAAGCAUGAUGCCAUUGACGAGAAGAACCCCGAGGGAACUCCUCUCGACGAUGAGGAGGACGAGGACAUUGAUCAAUUGAUUGAUGACCUUGAAUCCCAGGACGGACAUGAAGAGAUCGAAGAUGACAACGACGCCGUUCCCGGCUCCAGCGCUCGCCCCGUUCCCGAGGACCUGCUUCAGACUGACACCCGCACCGGUCUUACCUCUGCUGAGGUUGACCAGCGCCGCAAGAAGUACGGUCUCAACCAGAUGAAGGAGGAGAAGGAGAAUCUCAUCCUCAAGUUUUUGAUGUACUUCGUUGGUCCCAUCCAGUUCGUCAUGGAGGCUGCUGCUAUUCUUGCUGCCGGUCUUGAGGAUUGGGUCGACUUUGGUGUUAUCUGUGCUCUUCUUUUGCUCAACGCUUGUGUUGGUUUCGUUCAGGAAUUCCAGGCUGGUUCUAUCGUCGAGGAGUUGAAAAAGACUCUCGCUCUUAAGGCUGUUGUUCUCCGUGAUGGUCGUCUCUUCGAGAUUGAGGCUCCUCAGGUCGUCCCCGGUGAUAUUCUCCAGGUUGAGGAGGGUACCAUUAUCCCCGCUGAUGGUCGCAUUGUUACCGAUGACGCGUUCCUCCAAGUUGAUCAGUCUGCCAUCACUGGUGAAUCUCUCGCUGUCGACAAGCACAAGGGUGACCAAUGUUACGCGUCUUCCGCUAUCAAGCGUGGUGAGGCCUUCAUGGUCGUUACUGCCACUGGUGACAACACUUUCGUCGGUCGCGCUGCUGCCCUUGUCUCUGCUGCUUCUGCCGGAUCUGGUCAUUUCACUGAGGUUCUCAACGGUAUCGGUACUGUUCUCUUGGUUCUUGUUAUCUUCACUCUCCUUGUCGUCUGGGUUUCAUCUUUCUACCGCUCCAACGGAAUCGUUCACAUCUUGGAAUUCACCCUCGCCAUUACCAUCAUCGGUGUCCCAGUCGGUCUUCCCGCUGUCGUUACCACCACCAUGGCUGUCGGUGCCGCCUACCUUGCCAAGAAGCAGGCUAUUGUCCAGAAGCUUUCCGCCAUUGAGUCCCUUGCUGGUGUCGAGAUUCUUUGCUCUGACAAGACCGGUACUCUCACCAAGAACAAGCUCUCUCUUGCUGAGCCCUACACUGUUGAGGGUGUUGAGGCCGAUGAUCUCAUGCUUACCGCUUGUUUGGCCGCUUCCCGCAAGAAGAAGGGUUUGGACGCCAUUGACAAGGCCUUCUUGAAGUCUCUCCGUUUCUACCCCCGUGCCAAGAACGUCCUCUCCCGCUACAGAGUCCUUGAGUUCCACCCCUUCGACCCCGUCUCAAAGAAGGUUACCGCUGUUGUCGAGUCUCCCCAGGGUGAGCGCAUUGUCUGUGUCAAGGGUGCCCCUCUUUUCGUUCUCCGCACUGUCGAGGAAGACCACCCCAUUCCCGAGGAAAUUGCCAACGACUACAAGAACAAGGUUGCCGAAUUCGCUACCCGUGGUUUCCGUUCCCUUGGUGUUGCCCGCAAGCGUGGUGAAGGUCACUGGGAGAUUCUCGGAAUUAUGCCUUGCUCUGACCCCCCUCGUCACGAUACCGCUAAGACUGUCCACGAAGCCAAGACUCUCGGUCUCUCGAUUAAGAUGUUGACUGGUGACGCCGUCGGUAUUGCCCGUGAAACUUCUCGCCAGCUCGGUCUUGGUACCAACAUCUACAACGCUGAACGUCUUGGUCUUUCUGGUGGUGGUGACAUGCCCGGUUCUGAGGUCUACGAUUUCGUUGAGGCUGCCGAUGGUUUCGCUGAGGUCUUCCCCCAACACAAGUACAACGUCGUCGAGAUUCUCCAACAGCGUGGUUACCUUGUUGCUAUGACUGGUGAUGGUGUUAACGAUGCCCCCUCGCUCAAGAAGGCUGAUACCGGUAUUGCCGUCGAAGGUGCUUCCGAUGCUGCCCGUUCUGCUGCCGAUAUCGUCUUCUUGGCUCCUGGUCUCUCUGCCAUCAUUGACGCCCUCAAGACUUCCCGCCAGAUUUUCCACCGCAUGUACGCCUACGUUGUCUACCGUAUUGCCUUGUCUCUUCACUUGGAAAUCUUCUUGGGUCUCUGGAUCGCCAUUCUCAACGAGUCUCUCAACUUGAACCUUGUCGUCUUCAUUGCCAUUUUCGCUGAUAUCGCUACCCUUGCCAUCGCCUACGACAACGCUCCCUUCUCCAAGACUCCCGUCAAGUGGAACCUCCCCCGUCUUUGGGGAAUGUCUAUCCUUCUCGGAAUCGUUCUUGCUAUCGGUACCUGGAUUGCCCUCACCACCAUGCUUGCCCACGGAAGCGCCGAUGGUGGUAUUGCCCAGAACUUCGGUAACCGUGACGAGGUCUUGUUCUUGGAGAUCUCCCUCACUGAGAACUGGCUCAUUUUCAUCACCCGUGCGAACGGCCCCUUCUGGAGCUCCAUCCCCUCAUGGCAGUUGUCUGGCGCCAUCUUGGUCGUCGAUAUCAUUGCCACCCUUUUCACUAUUUUCGGUUGGUUCGAGGGUAACGAGCAGACUUCCAUCGUUGCUGUCGUCCGUAUCUGGAUCUUUUCUUUCGGUAUCUUCUGUGUCAUGGGUGGAGUCUACUACCUUCUCCAGGACUCUGUCUCAUUCGACAACCUCAUGCACGGAAAGACCCCCAAGAAGGACGCUAAGAAGCGAUCUCUUGAGGAUUUCGUCGUUUCUCUCCAGCGUGUCUCUACACAGCACGAGAAGAGCUCAUAA